GCUAGCUCCCAGCCUCCCACCCCCAUUCUUUAGCAUCACAAAGGGAAAAGCCGCCAAAUUCAUUCGAAGGAGUCCACGAGGAGAGCAAGCUUAGCCAUGGCGGUCGGCGAUGGCGGCGGCGGCGGAGUGAGGCGGCGAGGGUGCGGGUGCAGCAAGGAGGACUUCUUCCCGGAGGAGUCGUUCUCGAGCUGGGAGGCGUACGGGCGGGCGCUGCGGAGCACGGGAGCGCGGCUGGCCGACCGGCUGACGGCGAGGUCGCUGGACGCGACGGAGCUGCACGAGGUGCGGGCCCGGAGCGGCGCCGACAUGAAGCGCGACCUCACGUGGUGGGACCUGGCGUGGUUCGGCGUCGGCGCCGUCAUCGGCGCCGGGAUCUUCGUGCUCACCGGCCAGGAGGCCCGGAACGCCGUCGGCCCCGCCGUCGUCAUCUCCUACGUCGUCUCCGGCGUCUCCGCCAUGCUCUCCGUCUUCUGCUACACCGAGUUCGCCGUCGAGAUCCCCGUCGCAGGCGGGUCGUUCGCGUACCUCCGGGUGGAGCUGGGCGACUUCAUGGCGUUCGUGGCGGCGGGCAACAUCCUCCUCGAGUACUGCAUCGGCGGCGCGGCGGUGGCGCGCGCGUGGACCUCCUACUUCGCCACCCUCCUCAACCACCACCCCAACGACUUCCGCAUCCACGCCGCCUCCCUCGCCGCCGACUACUCCCGCCUCGACCCCAUCGCCGUCGCCGUCAUCGCCAUCAUCUGCCUCCUCUCCGUCCUCAGCACCAAGGCCUCCUCCCGCUUCAACUACGUCCUCUCCGUCCUCCACGUCGCCGUCAUCGCCUUCAUCAUCGUCGCGGGCCUCACCAAGGCCGACGCCGCCAACCUCACCCGCGACUUCAUGCCCUACGGCCCCCGCGGCGUCUUCGCCGCCUCGGCGGUGCUCUUCUUCGCCUACAUCGGCUUCGACGCCGUCAGCACCAUGGCCGAGGAGACCAGGGACCCCGCCCGCGACAUCCCCGUGGGCCUCGUCGGCGCCAUGGCGCUCACCACCGCGCUCUACUGCGCCCUCGCCGUCACCCUCUGCCUCAUGGUGCCGUACGGGGAGAUCGACCCGGACGCGCCCUUCUCAGUCGCGUUCGCCGACCGUGGCAUGGGCUGGGCCAAGUACGUCGUCGCGUUCGGCGCGCUCAAGGGGAUGACCACCGUGCUGCUCGUCAGCGCCGUCGGCCAGGCGCGCUACCUCACCCACAUCGCCCGCACGCACAUGAUGCCGCCGUGGCUGGCGCGGGUGCACCCGGGGACGGGGACGCCGGUGAACGCCACGGUGGCCAUGCUCCUCGCCACCGCCGUCAUCGCCUUCUUCACCGACCUCAACGUCCUCUCCAACCUCCUCUCCAUCUCCACGCUCUUCAUCUUCAUGCUCGUCGCCGUCGCGCUCCUCGUCCGCCGCUACUACGUGUCCGGGGAGACGUCGCGCGCCGACCGCAACAGGCUGGCCGCGUGCAUCGCCGCCAUCCUGGCGUCGUCGGUGGCGACGGCGACGUGCUGGGGGCUGGACCGGGGAGGGUGGGUGCCGUACGCGGUGACGGUGCCGGCGUGGCUGGCGGCGACGGCGAGCCUGUGGGCGCUGGUGCCGCAGGCGAGGGCGCCGAAGCUGUGGGGGGUGCCCAUGGUGCCGUGGCUGCCGUCGGCGUCCAUCGCCAUCAACGUCUUCCUGCUGGGCUCCAUCGACUCCAAGUCGUUCAUGCGGUUCGGGAUAUGGACGGCGGCGCUGCUCGUCUACUACCUCUUCGUCGGCCUGCACGCGUCCUACGACACGGCCAAGGCGCUCGCCGCCGACGCCGUCGCCGGCAAGGUGGAGGACGGCGACGCCAAGACCAGCGCGCCGCCCAUGUAACCCUCUCUCUAUAGUCGAUUUAUUAUAUUCUCCUCCAUUUUUUAAUAGAUGAUUUCAACACAUGUUUAACCAUUCGUCUUAUUCAAAACCUUAAAAUAUGUGUGAUAAAACAACUCACAACAUAAUAAAUUAUAAUUACGUAAAAUUUUCAAAUAAGACGAAUGGUCCAAAAAAUUAAUAGCGUCAUCGAUUAAAAAAGGAAUAUGUAGUAUAUAUAUUGGAGAGUAUACAAAAUGGUAGAUAGUGUGGUUGCAAAUGGUUUAGAAUGUUUUGUGCUAGAUGGGUGUGACUGAAUCCCGAUCUAAUAGAUUACCGAAUACCAGUGUCAAUUGUUCAUCCAAUUCAAUAGCCGAAAAGGUUGUACAAAAGAAGUACAGCAUAGGGUGGCUCUGUUUCAUCAAAGUGAUUUUUUUUAAAAGUUUGCUCAACUCUAUGAGCAGUUUUACAAUGUGUAUUGCCACUGUUCAAAGGUUGUUAGUUGAGCUUGAAUUGAACGGAUCUAUGACAAAAUAUAAAUACACUCGAAAACUAAUCCUCUAGAAAGUAUAAUAGUAGCAUCCAAAUGUAUAAAUGAUGUGGCACAGUAAAAAAAACUCACACAUGUACAUGAACUACCCCUUUUGGUACCCAAACCAUACAAUUAUGAAGAAGCAGCUUAUGUACAAGCAGAAAAUGAGAAUAACUUGAGAAACAUAAGGUGCCUUCCAUCAACUCUCCUACAUGGCUACAAAGGUAGAUUAUGGGCAAGCAGAAGCUGCAGUUGCUUCAAGCAGAACAUGUCUACGAUGAGCUUCAAACUGCUUCGUGCAAUCGUGCAUAGUAUUUUGAGUGGGCCGUUUCUAUAUGAUGGGCUGCUUUCAUUACGGGCCAAGAUGUUUAUGGUUGCUUUCCCUAUUUCCAUCUAAUUACUGUAUUUUGGUGGGCUGAACUGUUCUAAACAAUUAAGUGAUCGUGGGCUAAA